CCGCUCAAGCGGGCGCGGUGGUUGGAAGGGACGGGAGUGACGUCACCAACGAGCGACGGGCAAAGUCGGGGAAGCUGGAAGGAAAAAAAAAAACUCGCUUGCACCCGGAGUCGGAUCAUGACGAAACUGCUUCAGUGGCUCGGCUCUCUGGCCCUACUGGGUGGCGUCUGGGCUGCGUUGAUGCUGGACCUCGUGGGGUCCCACCCUUUAUCCCCAAGCUGGCACCAGGUGCUGUGGGCCCUGCCAACCUACCUAUUGGUCACCUUCGGCUGCUACUCGCUGGGAGUCGUGGGCUUCCGCCUGGCUACCUUCAACGACUGCCAAGAGGCCUCGCUUGAGCUGCAGGCCCAAAUCCGAGAGGCCCGAGCUGACCUUGCUCGACACGGCAUGAAGUUUUGACCUGCAGCCUUUAUGGGAACAGAAAUUACCCACGGACAGUAAACGAUUGUUCAGUGCAUGAUUGAACUGUUGGGGAGGGUUUGCAGCCUGGCUGGGGAAAUCCGUGUCAAGAAAAAGAGCUGCUUCCUUUUUUAAAAAAUAAAAUAAAUUUUUAUUAAAAGU